AUGAUAAGCCUCAGCUUGGGUCUUACCGAAAACAUCAGAGGCUCUGGGCUAUGGAAACUUAACACCUCUUUCCUGUCAGACGAAGAAUAUUUAAAAUGCAUCAAGAAAGCCAUCCUUAAAACAUGUGAUGACUACAAAGACGACAAGGAUGUGGAUGAUGCCUUGCUGUGGGAGAUGAUUAAACUUAAGGUUAGAGAGUCCUCAAUUUUUUACGGAAAAGAAAAAGGUAAGUCCAGGCGAACGGACGAAACCAAACAAUACGAUACGAUCACCUACCUAGAGAAAAAAAUAGAUGGCACGACGUCCCCCAUUUUAAAAGGGGAAUUGGAGCAAAAACUGAUCGAGGCAAAAGAGAACUUGGAAAAAAUGUACGAAAAUAAAACCCAGGGAACUAUCUUACGGUCCAAAACCCGCUGGUAUAACGAAGGUGAAAAAAAUUCAAAAUCCUUUUUUAACUUAGAAAAACGUCACUUUAAGCGCAAAGUUAUAAGUCAACUUUGUCAAGCUGACAACACAACUUUAACAUCCGAUAAUGAUAUUCUCCAAGAAUGUGUUGACUGUUAUAGUAAACUAUACAGCAGCAGAUCAAUACACAAUGAAAGCGAUAAUCUCCGGUUUUUCUCAGAUGA